UCAAACAGCUGCUUAGCUAAAUUGACGUGUUGCAAAACGAAGUGAAUUUAUUGAGAGAAAAGAAAACUAGUAAAUACGUAAAUACGCAAAGAAAAACGAGAUUAUAUUGAAUAACUGAUCUUCUCAGCCGACCAAAGUUUUUCUUCAAUGUUUUGAGCUUGGUUUUUGCAAAUCUAAACAUCACCAACAUGGAUGAUUUGUCACAGGGCGACAUUUGUCGUGUUUGUCGCUGUGAAGCUCAAUCCGAUCGUCCAUUAUUCUAUCCGUGCGUCUGUACGGGUAGUAUUAAGUAUAUACACCAGGAUUGUUUGAUGCAAUGGAUGCGUUAUUCCCACAAGGAAUAUUGUGAAUUAUGUGGUCAUCGAUUUAGUUUUCAACCAAUCUAUUCGCCAGACAUGCCCCGAGUAUUGCCUUUGCGUGAUGUGGCCGGAGGCCUGUUGUCCGCAAUAAUGAAGGCAGCCAAAUCUUGGGCCCACUACUCAUUGGUGGGAUUGGCUUGGUUUGUAGUUGUGCCACUGUCUGCAUACCGAACGUAUCGGUUUCUGUUCAGGGCUUCUUCUUUUGAUAUGAUCCUGUCGCUGCCCUUCGAUGUGUUCUCAACUGAGAAUUUGGCCUCGGAUGUGUUUCGGGGGUGUUUUGUGGUGACUUGUACAUUGCUCUCAUUCAUUGGACUUGUGUGGCUAAGGGAGCAGAUAUUGUUGGGUGGUGGACCUGAUUGGUUGGAAAGAGAUGAUGCCCCAGGAAUAGGAGCCAACAACGCCGACGAUGAUGAGGUAGAGUUAAAUUUGCCGCCAGAUGGGGGUGGAGCUGAUGCCGGGGCCGAGGGUGAUGUGGCAAGAAACGGCAAUGAAGAAAAUGCCAACGCAGUGGAGGCAGAAAGAGCAGCUCCUGAAGUUGGCGUGGUUGCCCCAGCUGCAGAAGCAAAUGAUAAUGGUGGUGACCAACCUUUACCACAUAAUAACAAUAUUGAAGCACCUAUUGUAGAACCAAUGAACAAUAAUGCGCCUGCAGUUGCUGAUCCUGCAGAAAACGAAGGUGACCCUCCAUUGGAGUUUGGGCCGCAAUUGCCUCCUGCUUUGGCUGGCAAUCAAAACAAUAACAAUGCCGCAAAUCCCGCCGAUAACGACAACGACGAACCAAAUUGGAAUCCCAUGGAAUGGGACCGGGCAGCUGAGGAAUUAACGUGGGAGCGUUUGUUGGGCUUGGAUGGAUCUCUGGUGUUCUUGGAACACGUGUUUUGGAUAGUUUCGCUAAACACCAUGCUAAUCUUUGCCUUUGCUUUUUGCCCUUACUGCAUUGGCCACUUUAUAUUAAACUCCUUAGAUCUAAUGCACCCCGAUAAGCCGUUACUACAUUUUCAUGGAUUGAUUACCACAUUGUUUGGCUACUGUUUUAUUGGCAUUAUAUUGGUGGUAUUACAUUUCUUGGCCAGAGCAUUCCACAUGAGGAGAGUACGCAGCCUUAUUGGUCUGUGCUAUAUAGUGGUGAAGGUAUCGCUGUUAUCCGUUGUCGAAAUCGGGGGUUUGCCGUUGGUAUGCGGAUGGUGGUUGGAUAUAUGUUCACUGCCACUUUUUGAUGCCACGCUGAAGGAUCGCAAGGCCAGCUUCUCGGCCGCUCCCGGCACAUCUCUGUUUGUGCAUUGGAUGUUUGGCAUGGUUUUUGUUUACUAUUUUGCUGCUUUUAUAUCGCUGCUUCGCGAAGUUCUACGUCCGGGGGUGCUAUGGUUUUUGAGAAACUUAAAUGAUCCCGACUUCAGUCCCAUUCAGGAAAUGAUUCAUUUGCCUAUCUUUAAACAUGUUCGUCGUUUAAUAUCUUCAGCAAUGAUAUUUGGCUCUGUUGUUUUGCUAAUGCUUUGGAUACCUAUUCGAGUACUGAAGACAAUCUGGCCCACAUUUUUGCCUUACACAUUAUCAGGAGAUUCAGAUGUGAACGAACUAAGCCUACAGUUGCUGUUGCUGCAGAUUGUUCUCCCUGGCUUCUUUGAGCAAUCACACACACGUGUAUGGCUUAAGAAACUGUUACGCAUUUGGUGUAUAUGUGUCUCAUGGGUAUUGGGAAUAAGAAGCUAUUUGCUUGGCGAGGAUCCUGAGACUACCAAUAACGAUAAUGCCAAUAAAGUGGACCAAGAGCAACAAGUCAACGAAGAUGAUAUCGCAGCACAAGAGGUUCCACAAGCAAACAACGAAGAACAAGGCAACAAUGCUGCCGAUCAAAAUGAAGCUGUCGAUGAACCUGCCCCGGUGCCACCGCCAAUACAGGCCCAGCCGCCGCCACCACCCCCUCCUCCACCACCACCACAACAAGAGCGCAAUUUGGCUGCUGUCCAUCACGCCUUUAUCCAUCGUGAUAUACCGGUGGCGUUUCAGCCAUACGAUAAGCCCACAGUGUUCCAAAUAAGACUUUUUGGCUUGAUAAUUUGCAUGUGUAUAUCGUUGGUGAUAGCAUCACUAGUAACACUCACCGUACCCGUGUGGAUAGGACGUCAGGUAAUGUCGCUAUGGUCGGUAGGUAGUAUAACAACACAAGUAGCCGUCCAGAAUGCUGAGGCGACCCCGCGCCCACAUGAACUAUACACUGCUGCCCUGGGUACAUAUCUCUGUUGGAUGCUGACCAGAGGCAUUGCCAUAGCGGUGACCCUAUUACCUCAGGGCCGUGCAGCAGUUAUGGAUAAAAUUAAGCAGUGGCUUAAAGUAGGUGCGUCAUAUGCUUUGCCUGUCUUGAUAAUUGUCUUAAUGUUGGGAGUGAUACCUCUGCUAUUUGGCAUGCUGCUAGAAUUGGUGGUGGUGAUACCAGUACGCGUGGGCAUACUUCAGACUCCUAUUUAUUUCAUAUGGCAAGAUUGGGCGCUGGGUGUUUUGUACACAAAGAUAGCAAUAGCUCUGACUUUGAUGGGACCCGACUGGCAUUUGAAAAGGGCACUUGAAAGAGCAUAUCGCGAUGGUCUAAGGGAUAUCGAUUUAAAGUUUCUCAUCACCGAAUUGGCAAUGCCUGUGAUCACAUGCUUUGGCUUAGCUCUGGCAAUUCCAUACGUUUUGGCCCAUUCAAUACUACCCAUAUUCUUUGCAGAUCCUUGGGUUCAGUUGGAAAUAGCCUACUUUGUGUAUCCCGUAUUCUUUUCCGUCAUUGGAGCCAUCGCUUUGAUAUAUUUCCAGAUAAGACAGUUUAAAAAACUCUACGUAGCCAUAAAAGUGGAUAAAUACCUGGUUGGACAACGCCUGGUGAACUAUGAACACCGUAAGAGGCAACAAGAGGCAGCAGAAGAAAAAGCAGCACGCCAAAAAGCCGAAGAGGAGCAGGAAAAUGUGCCCAUAGCUAAUAUAGUGGAGCAAGCAGAAUUGGAGCGAAGGCGGCGUCAGGAAGCAGAACGUCAACAGUUAGUGCAGGAUUUGGUUAGGGGAGAUCUUUUAUAAAUCCUUUUCAGCCACAACAGCACCAUUUGGUCCAGGAAAAUGUCUAGAAAAUUUAUUCUUAAAAAUGAAUUCAAAAGAACAUAAAAACCUACUUUCCGACACACUUGGAAAAGUCUGAAAUCGUAUUAGUUUCUUUAACCAAUUCCUCAAGGUGUUAUACUAACAAUAGCCUAAAGAAAUUUAUUAAAUGUACUACAAGGAUCGCCCUCUCAUCAAAUUUAA